CGGGGCCGGGCGGCGCGCACCUCGCUCUGCUGGCACCUCGGGGCACGGCCGCCGGCGCACGGCACAGCCCGGCCCGCUCCGCGCCGCACCGGUGGCAGCGAACGUGGGGAUGGGCACCGGCGGCCCCCGCGGGGAUGGCUGGAUGCGGGGAGCUCCGUGUCAGCGCCCGGCGGGCAGCGGGGCAGCCGUGGGGCAGUGGUGGGGCAGCCGUGGGGCUGUCGGCCUCUUCUUGGCUCCUGGGCACUAAUGUGUGUGGCGCAACAGCGUGCGCCUGGGGCGUGCGUGCGGUGCUGGAGAUGGAGCGCGCGGGGACGGUGCACACGGGGACGGUGCACCUGAAGAUGCUUCUUGUGAGGAUGCUGCCCACGGGGCCUUGCUGCAGGUCUCCAGCAGGGAGAGCCCAGGUGGAGCAUCCAAGAAGCGGUGCCGGUGCCCGCAUGGUGCUGCCGAGGGCUGGGGGGGUCCCAGCCCCGGCGCUGUGCGUGCCGCCCUGCUCCCCGGUGCCCUGCUCCCCGGUGCGGUGCGGUGCCGUGGCCGUGCGGGCUCAGCGGUGGCACGGCCCCGUCGGGGCGCGGUGCGGCGGCCGGGACGGUGCCCUGUAAUCGUCUUAGGCGGGAUCAGGCGGGCAGGUCGAGGCUGGCCCCAGGAAUGCAUGGCAGCGCGGGGCGGGGGCAGCAGAGCCGGCUCACGCACAGGCGCUAAUCGGAGCCAGGCGGUAAUUAAUGGAGCGCGGCGGUGUUGGCAGCCCUAUCUCCCUAUCGGAGACCUGCCCUGCUUAUCUGAGCAGGAUUGUUCCUGCAAACAAGAGCCCAUUGUGCCGCGCCGAGAGCCUGGGAAAGGCGGCACACGGGGCGCUGCGGGGGCACCGCACCCCCUGCGCGGUCCUCAGCUGGGGUGGGGGCUCCGGGCAUCCCCCUGACUCAGGCUGCACGUGGGUUCCUCUCCUGGCAUGGCAUGAGAGGUUCCUCUUCUGCCUCGCUGCGCUCACGGUGACUCAGUCGCCACCAGGGCACCGGGACCGUCACCGUUUCCAGUGGGGUCACCCGGGGAGGCCGUGCUCCCUGCACGGCUGUGGUGGCACUGCUGAGCCUAUGGCCCUGGGUGGGGGCUGGCGGCAGCGGGUGCCCAUGGUGGUAAUGCCUAUGGAUGUCCCCGUAGAGGUGUGUGUAGAGAUUCUCGUGGAUGUUCCCAUGGAUGUUCCUAUAGAUGUUCCAGUGGUGGUCCCCAUAGAGGUUCCCGUGGGUAUCCCCAUAGAAGUCCCCAUGGAUGCUCCCAUGGUGGUCCCCAUGUUGUUGCCCACAGUGUUGCCCAGGGCAGCCCAGCUCUGCUCUGCCCAGCGCAGCAGGUGUCGGUGAGGCUGCAAUCCCUGCAGCAAAGCAGCAGAUGUGGCACCUGUGGCAAGCAGCUGGUGCAGCGGUUGCGCUCCAGGAACCUGACUGCAGCCAGUGCUUUGGGAAUGGGACGGAAGCGCCGCGUGCCAGGCACGGCCGUGCUUACCUCCGCCGUGCCUGCCCGUGCUGAUGGGCGCGGCGUCAGGAAAACUCCUGGGAAGAGUGGGAUUUGGAGGCUGCACGGCACACACGGUGCAGGGGGUAAUGACGGGCAGCCAUGUGAGGCACAGUCAUCCCUCCGCCCGGUCCGUGCCGUCACAUGGGGCCACCUCUGGCCACAAUAACCGCAGCGCUGAGGGCUCUGCCGCGCACACGGAGCUGCCCGGGGCAGGUUAUGCUGCGCCCACACCGCCCUCUGAGCCCCCGCGAGAAGGAGAAGGGCUGAGCUGCGCCCGCCGGCACCAUGAGCCGCUCCCCGGUGUCCUCCGAGCUGCACCACAUCGUCUCCUCCGCCUUCGAGAGCCCCGAGCCCCCCGCGCCGGGCCCCGCUUCGCCGGCGCUGGCGGAGGAAGAGGAGAAGGACCUGAACAAGGCGCUGGGCGUGGAGCGCUUCGAGGAGAUCCUCAGCGACGCGCACCCGCGCAGCGUGGAGGAGCCGGGGCGCAGCUACGGGGAGGAAGACUUCGAGUACCACCGGCAGUCCUCGCUGCACAUCCACCACCCGCUGUCCGCGCACCUGCCGCCCGACGCGCGCCGCAAGAAGGGGGUCCCCAAAAAGGGCAGGAAGAAGCGCGGGCGAGCGGCCGCCCCCGGGGAGAACCCCCCCAUCGAGGAGGGCGAGGAGGAUGAGGAGGAGGCGGGAGACACCGAGACGGAGCGCUCGGCCGAGGAGCUGCGGGGCGGCCCCGCCGAGGGGGUGCAGUUCUUCCUGCAGGAGGACGAGGUGACCGAGCGCCGUCUGGAGGAGCCCCCGGCCCCCCCGUCACCGCCCGGCCCCACGGCGGAGCCCCACGGAGCCACGGCCCCCGCGGCAGCCAGCCCCGGCGCCGAGGAGGGCCGCGCAGCCGAGGGCAGCGCCGUCCCCGAGGAUGGAGGCUCCCCCGGGCGCCCCGCGGGCAGGGCGCAGCCCGGGCACCGCAGCUACAACCUGCACGAGCGGCGCCGCAUCGGCAGCAUGACGGGCGCGGAGCAGGCGCAGUACCAGAAGGUGCCCACGGAUGAGUCGGAGGCGCAGACGUUGGCGUCGGCCGACCUCGACUACAUGAAGAGUGCGUGCGGUGCCCGCGCCCCGAGGGCGGCGGGGUCUGGGGGGCCCGGAGCGGUGGGCGGGGCCGGGUGGAGGGGACGAACCCACCGAGCCGCGCUGCCGCAGGUGUUCGUGGAGCUGAACGAGCUGGUGCUGGACAAGAACCAGGAGCUGCAGUGGAAGGAGACGGCGCGCUGGAUCAAGUUCGAGGAGGACGUGGAGGAGGAGACGGAUCGCUGGGGGAAACCGCACGUGGCCUCGCUGUCCUUCCGCAGCCUGCUGGAGCUGCGCAAGACGCUGUCCCACGGCGCCGUGCUGCUGGAUCUGGACCAGAAGACGCUGCCGGGGGUGGCCCACCAGGUGGUGGAGCAGAUGGUCAUCACCGACCAGAUCCGGGCCGAGGACCGCGCCAACGUCCUGCGCGCGCUGCUGCUCAAGCACAGCCACCCGAGCGACGAGAAGGAGUUCUCAUUCCCGCGGAACAUCUCGGCCGGCAGCCUGGGCUCGCUGCUGGUGCACCACCACAGCACCAACCACGUGGGCGAGGGCGGCGAGCCGGCCGUCACCGAGCCCCUCAUCGCCGGGCACGGCGCAGAGCGCGACGCGCGUGUGGACGUGGAGAGGGAGCGCGAGGUCCCGGUCCCCGCGCCCCCCGCCGGCAUCACCCGCUCCAAGUCCAAGCACGAGCUGAAGCUGCUGGAGAAGAUCCCCGACAACGCCGAGGCCACCGUGGUGCUCGUGGGCUGCGUGGAGUUCCUGGACCAGCCCACCAUGGCCUUCGUGCGGCUGCAGGAGGCGGUGGAGCUGGACUCGGUGCUGGAGGUGCCCGUCCCCGUGCGCUUCCUCUUCGUGCUGCUGGGGCCCAGCAGCACCCACAUGGACUACCACGAGAUCGGGCGCUCCAUCUCCACCCUCAUGUCCGACAAGCAAUUCCACGAGGCCGCGUACCUGGCGGACGACCGGCACGACCUGCUGACGGCCAUCAACGAGUUCCUGGACUGCAGCGUGGUGCUGCCGCCCUCCGAGGUGCAGGGCGAGGAGCUGCUGCGCAGCGUCGCGCACUUCCAGCGCGAGAUGCUGAAGAAGCGCGAGGAGCAGGAGCGGAGGAUGCUGCUGGAGCCCAAAUCCCCCGAGGAGAAAGCGCUGCUGAAGCUGAAGGUGGCGGAGGAUGAGGACGAGGACGAUCCCCUGCGGCGCACGGGGCGGCCCUUCGGGGGGCUGAUCCGGGACGUGCGGCGCCGGUACCCCCAUUACCUGAGUGACUUCAGGGACGCGCUGAACCCGCAGUGCAUCGCCGCCGUCAUCUUCAUCUACUUCGCCGCGCUGUCCCCGGCCAUCACCUUCGGGGGGCUGCUGGGGGAGAAGACGCAGGACCUGAUCGGGGUGUCGGAGCUGAUCAUCUCCACGUCGCUGCAGGGCGUGCUGUUCUGCCUGCUGGGUGCGCAGCCCCUGCUCGUCAUCGGCUUCUCGGGGCCGCUGCUCGUCUUCGAGGAGGCCUUCUUCACGUUCUGCACGUCCAACGGGCUGGAGUACCUGGUGGGGCGCGUGUGGAUCGGGUUCUGGCUCAUCCUGAUCGUGCUGCUGAUGGUGGCCUGCGAGGGCAGCUUCCUGGUGCGCUUCGUCUCGCGCUUCACCCAGGAGAUCUUCGCCUUCCUCAUCUCCCUCAUCUUCAUCUACGAGACCUUCUCCAAGCUGGGCAAGAUCUUCCAGGAGCACCCCCUGCACGGCUGCGCGCAGCCCAACGGCACCGCGUGGAGCAACGGCACCGCGGCACCCAACGGCACGGGGCAGCGCGGGGCCGCCAAGGUGACGGGGCAGCCCAACACGGCGCUGCUGUCCCUGGUGCUCAUGGCCGGCACCUUCUUCAUCGCCUUCUUCCUGCGCAAGUUCAAGAACAGCCGCUUCUUCCCCGGACGGAUCCGGCGCCUCAUCGGGGACUUUGGGGUGCCCAUCGCCAUCCUGGUGAUGGUGCUGGUGGACUACAGCAUCCGCGACACCUACACGCAGAAGCUGAGCGUGCCCAGCGGGUUCUCGGUGACGGCCCCCGAUAAGCGGGGCUGGGUGAUCAACCCGCUGGGCGAGAGGAGCGACUUCCCGGUGUGGAUGAUGGUGGCCAGCGGCCUCCCCGCCGUCCUCGUCUUCAUCCUCAUCUUCAUGGAGACGCAGAUCACCACGCUGAUCAUCAGCAAGAAGGAGCGGAUGCUGCAGAAGGGCUCCGGGUUCCACCUCGACCUCCUGCUCAUCGUGGCCAUGGGCGGGUUCUUCGCGCUCUUCGGGCUGCCCUGGCUUGCUGCCGCCACCGUGCGCUCCGUCACGCACGCCAACGCGCUCACCGUCAUGAGCAAGGCGGUGGCACCGGGGGACAAGCCCAAGAUCCAGGAGGUGAAGGAGCAGCGCGUCACCGGGCUGCUGGUGGCCGUGCUCGUCGGGCUGUCCAUCGUCAUCGGGGAGCUGCUGCGGCAGAUCCCCUUGGCCGUGCUCUUCGGGAUCUUCCUCUACAUGGGCGUCACCUCCCUGAACGGCAUCCAGUUCUACGAGCGCCUGCAGCUGCUGCUGAUGCCCCCCAAGCACCACCCCGAUGUCCCCUACGUCAAAAAGGUACGCACGCUGCGCAUGCACCUCUUCACCGGGCUGCAGCUGGCAUGCCUGGCCGUGCUCUGGGCCGUCAUGUCCACCGUGGCCUCCCUGGCCUUCCCCUUCAUCCUCAUCCUCACCGUGCCACUCCGCAUGUGCCUGCUCAGCCGCAUCUUCACCGACCGCGAGAUGAAGUGUCUGGAUGCGGACGAGGCCGAGCCCAUCCUGGACGAGAGGGAAGGCGUGGACGAGUACAACGAGAUGCCGAUGCCGGUGUGAGCCCCGCAGCCAGGCAGCGCGCCGGGCACAGCCGGGUCCCCAUGCGUGGCCGUGCCCGGGCACCCCACGCCUUCAGGGCUCCGCCAAAGAGAAGCCGCCCCGCAGCCGGCCCCGCUUGCCUCCGCUGUGGUCGGGGGUCCCCUCGGCCGCG